ACGGUUAUUAUUAAACGCUAGUUUCUGUGUCAUGACUUUAGCCCCGAGUUGCGUUUUCAAACUCCAAAAUGCGGCGUUACAUUCGUGCACUAAUGCUGUGCACGGUGUUUGCCGUGUUUUCGGGCUUGUACGUGUACAGUAAACUGCUCUACCCGGACGUAUCGGUCGGUGGGAACGGACCAAAGAGGGGCUUCAUCCCACCGAGAGUCCCCGGAGGCAGGCGAGGGGCCGCGGACAAAACUGGGCCCCAAAGCCCACACUGGUACAAUAGGUACAUCAUGCGCCAGCGAGGCCAGAUGGAGGCAGGUGGUGGCAGCACCCAGAGCAGACCUGAACCUCCCAUGCACCUGGCUGUGGUGGCCUGUGGGGAGAGGCUGGAGGAGACUCUCACCAUGAUCAAGUCUGCUGUGCUUUUUAGUGUCAAGCGCCUCCACCUGCACAUCCUCGCUGAAGAUCAGUUACACGCCAGCUUCAUGGAAGCCCUGGAGUCGUGGCCUGAUUUUAUCCGCUCCAGGUUCAACUACACAGUCUACUCCAUCAGUUUCCCCAGUGAGAACGCAGCUGAGUGGAAGAAACUCUUCAAGCCCUGCGCUUCUCAGAGGCUCUUCUUACCUCUGAUCCUAAAGGACGUCGACUCGAUCGUGUACGUCGACUCAGACAUCCUCUUCCUGCAGCCUGUAGACCGCCUGUGGGCGUUCCUGUCCCAGUUUAAUUCCUCCCAGCUGGCUGCCAUGGCACCGGAGCACGAGGAGCCCCGUAUCGCUUGGUACAACCGCUUUGCCCGCCACCCCUUCUACGGCAGGACGGGCAUCAACUCGGGGGUCAUGCUCAUGAACAUGACGAGGAUGAGAAACAUGUUCUUCAAGAAUGACAUGACAGCUGUGGGGCUGCGUUGGGAGGAGCUGCUGAUGCCUCUACUUCAAAAAUACAAACUCAACAUAACCUGGGGAGACCAGGACCUUCUCAAUAUUAUUUUCCAUCACAACCCUGAGUGCUUGCUGGAGUUUCCGUGCCAGUGGAAUUAUCGUCCAGAUCAUUGUAUCUAUGGCAGUAACUGUGCGUCAGCUGAAGAGGACGGCAUCUACAUACUGCAUGGAAACAGAGGGGUUUACCACGACCACAAACAACCUGCCUUCAGGGCUGUAUACGAGGCCAUACGGAAGUACUCCUUUGGCGCCGACCCAGUGACUUCUUUAUUGGAUCCACUCGAAGAGGAGCUGUUGAAGACGACGCACACGUACUGUGGUAAAUCCCACACACUCCUCACCAAGAAACUGGCACACAGCCUGGCAAAUGUCAACAGGAAGGCUCCACGUGGACGGUGACAAAACCUAAUCACAAUAAUGGGACGGGGGCCAAGGAGAAGCUUUGACUUAAGCCUCAUAAGCUUGGUCAGAAAGACUCGAUUGUGAUUGGCUGUACAAACUUCUUGUCCUUGAGCAAGAAACUAGACGGCUCACUUGGACUCUUGCAAGCUCCACGCUGCUUUGAACAACAGGGGUUUUUGACUGAUAUACAAAAAAUGGAACCACUACAGCUCUGUAAACAUGUUUUACUUGGCAAACUGUUGAGUAACAGUGAACCUGAGUUGUCCAAAAUGCAUCUGUGGAUAAAUGAGUGGAGCUUUUAGAUUAUUUUAGUGAACAGCUGCUCCAUAAACAGUCGGAUUGUCUCAAACUGAGACUGCUCUCCUUUUGUAAGUUGCUCUGGAUAAGAGCGUAAUGUAAAAGUCUGUUGUAAACUUUAUGAAAGGCAGUCAGCCUUGUAGUGUCAGUGGACAUAUGGAUUUUUUUUCUCCCAGGUGUUUCCAUUAUAGACUCUCACAACAUUUUAUAUUUUACUGAGAACUGAUGUUUUCUUUUUGUCUUUAAAGCAUCUACUCUCUUCCACGUACUAACUUUCUCCUUUCAGUGCCUUUGGUUACUGUCUAAAGGUGAAUAAUCCUCAUGGUGCAAAAGAUGUGUAAAAAGUUCGGAAGAGGAGCUCUUGACUUUCCAUAUUGGAGAAUUUAUUGAACCAUGUGAAACACUCUUAUUGAAAGAGACAAAAGAAUCAUACGAGAACUAGACAAAGGCUUUCAGCAGGGCCUGGUUUUAAAGAUGCAUGCACUGGUCCACUUUUUCAUCCUUCAGAAACCACUUCAGUACCGGCGAAAUGGAAGAGAAGUCGUUUCGGAGAACAUGCAUGGAAUAAUAAUUUCUGAGUUUGUACAGUGAUUAUGUAAUAGUAUGUGAUUUUGCAGUGGCAGGGGCUGAGCAUAUGGGAACCUCUAUCAGAGUACUGCUUUCCUGAAGUUUUGUCCAUAGAAAUAGAAUGAGAGAGUAGAACUGAUGUUCACUUAAAAUCAACAUAGCAGGAUGAUCAGAGUGGCAGCCAUUUUUACGUGUACCAUUGCUAUUGCAGCUUUUGUAGCGGGCUUACUUUCGCAUCUUCAAACCGACUUAGGAUGAGUCACAAAUCCACUGAGGUGUAGUUUUGCAGUAACAACCAAACGAGCAGUGAAGUACAAUGUUUUGAAAAAAGUAACCCGUUACUUGUAAAAGUUUCUUGUUGCCAUCACCUGUUUGUCGAAACGUGAUGUAACGUUUCUGUAGCUGCCUCACUCGGUGAAUUAAGGGCUUAUUUCGCUGGUGAUUGUUGGGACAGUGGACUAAAGCCCUGUUUCUACUCAACACUACCAGUAUGGUACCUUAGGAACCAAAAGUAACCCUUCAGACAUGGUACCUAGACCCUAGUGUUUCCACCGCAAACAGUACUCUUAAAUGUGAG